CGAAAAUGCGCAGCAGCAGAACGACGCGGUGGCUUCGAGCUCUGAAGAAAUACUUUUGUAUUGUGUUGUAGAACAUUUCAGGCGGAAUGAGAUCAGCUCGGUGUAGAAUCUCUAACGAUCCUCGCUCUCGUUCGGCGCUCCACCACACAUCUGGCGACCGACUUCAUUUUAGCGUUGCCUUCAUCACUAUCGAAAAACACACAACUUCCUCAGAUGGGACGUCUUUACUCGGAUGUUUAAUCAGACAGCGCUUACAGAUGCGCAACUUGCAACAGUAGUUACUCCGCAACAGUUAGUUCGACAACUAACGUAAAGAUAAUUAGUUAUGUAGGUUAUUAUGAAGAGAUUUUUAACCUAGCUAACUAGUUAGCUAAGAUAGCAAGAACACAAGUGGUUGAUUGUGGCGAGCAGAUAUUUUAUUUUAGAAAGUUAGCUAACUAGCUAGCUGUAUUUUAAUGUUGUAAGCUAGCAAACUAAGUCUUACCGCGCAGCCUUUAACCAGGUAAUGUUAACGGUCUUAAAAUGAAGAAGACGACGAUGAAGAAGUGUGCUGGAGAAGUGGAGGACGCUAUCAGCGAACUUUGUGUACUGUGUAAGCGACGUGACAACUGCCCAGACAAAUAUGGAGAGAAGAUCACACUGAAGGAGCAUCAAAUCACUGUCCAUUAUUUCUGCUUGUUGAUGUCCAGUGGAAUAUUCCAGAGGGGAGAAGAUCAUGAAGGCAUUCAUGGUUUUCUUGUGGACGACAUCAGAAAGGAAAUUCGCAGAUCUGCUAGACUGCGCUGCAUGGGCUGUAAAAAGACAGGUGCUUCAGUGGGAUGCUCCAUCAAAAGCUGCAGACAGAUGGUCCACUUGCCUUGUGGAAUUGAACGGGAGUUUAUCUUCCAGUUCACUGACUUAUUCCCAUCUUUCUGCAGAAAGCACCGCCCCACUCAGACCUGCUCUACCAGCCCCACUCUGCCUCUCUGCUGCUCCAUCUGCUUGGAGCCCAUCGAGCCUGUUCUGUCCUACUCUGUGCUCAAGUGUCCUGCUUGUCAUGGAAGCUGGUUUCAUAGGAACUGUGUUCAGUUUCAGGCACACAGUGCUGCAAUGUUUUUCUUCAAAUGUACCUUGUGCAACAAUAAGGAUCAGUUUCAGCAAGAAAUGCUCAGAAUGGGAAUACAUAUACCAGAAAGAGAUGCCUCGUGGGAACUGGAGGAAAAUGCUUAUGGGGAUCUAUUACAAGUGUACCAGCACUGUGAUGCUGUGAAAUGUUGCUGUGAUAAGGGUCGCAGUUAUAGUGCACAGUCAGGGGGUUAUGAGAUUGUUCGAUGUAAGUUCUGUGGAUCCCAUGGAACCCAUCGAAAAUGUUCCUCCAUCAAGCUUUAUGAGACCAACUGGAGUUGCAGUGACUGCAAAGCUGCUGCUGAAGGAGCAGCAGUGUCUCCAUUACCAAAUCAUGUUAAAUCACCGCUGGCAGAGAGGCAAGAGAAGAAAAGACUGUUCAAAAGAUGUCUCUCCAACCUUCACUCUUCACUGAUCUCUAAAAGACGCUGUUUGGAUGCAAGUCCCACAGAGAUCUUAAUGGAUCUUGCCACUCAGAUAACACCACAGCAAACCACAGCAGUGCUGCUGCAAAAUGAAGAGGUGCUUGAGGCUGCCCUGCAGGCUCUGCGGCAGACCGACUUCAACCCUUGCCACACACUGUCUGUGAACUUGGUCAGAAGUAAAUGGAGUGAAAAGGUGGCGAACCAGCGCCGGUUCCUCAGCCGCCUCCUGCAGAGCUUGCAGAACUCAAGCAUUUUUGAAGGCCCCGAUGGAACUAAAAACCUGGCUUUGAAUUCACAAGCACUGAGGGAUGAUCUGUACUAUGAAACUGGCAGUCUUCUGGCCCUCUCUCUCGUCCAUGGAGGCCCUCCUGUGGCUUUUUUUUCUCCUGCCCUCUACCACACUUUGUUUCAUUACCCACCUGAUUACAAGCUCACUGUUGAAGACCUGGGAGAUGUCAUUUUAACAAACAAAGUCAAAAUGAUAGCAGAAUCACGUUCGUUGUCAGAAUUGAAGAAAGCAGUGAGGGCCGCAUCUGAGUAUUUGCAUGUAGCAGGCUGCUUGCGACGGAUCGACAAACUGGCUGAUAAAAGCAUGCUCCUUGAGGACAUUCUGAACUUUUAUUUAAUCAUCAGAAUGCAGUUGCCUCUUCAAAGGUUUCGUGAGGGCCUCAGGACGUUGGGUGUUUUUGAGCGUGUCCAAGCAUGUCCAGAGGGCUUUUACUCGGUUUUCUGUGACCCAGUGGAAAGGAUGACUGCCGAGGCCAUGUUUUCCCUUUUUACUCCUCAAUUUUCUGCAGAAGGGGAAAAGAAGACAAAAGAGGAUAAGACUUUAAUUUUUUGGAAGCAUUACUUAAACGAGUGUGAAGACGGACAGUGUGCAGCAUCGCUAGAGGAUAUUCUCAUGUUUGCCACUGCCGCUGAUGUGAUCCCUGCCAUUGGCUUCAACCCUGCACCUUUGUUAUCGUUCUUUACCCCACUAGACUCCUCUUGUGCCUUUCCUCAAAGCCACCCUGAAGCUAACCACCUCAUUCUGCCUGUGCUCCCUUCCUACGAGCUUUUCAAAAAGCACUUGGAAUACGCUGUAGGUCAGCUAUCAGUGAUGCAGGCCAUUUGAACCCUGGGAAGUUCCCAGAAUUUAUGGGAAUGCUGUAAUGGUGCUAAUGAUCUAUAUGUCUGUUGAAAUCUUAAUCUGUGGCACACAUUUGUGUUAAGACUGUCCAGAGGAUAUGUUUGUCCUAUAAAACCCUGUGGUGGGAAAAAUACUGAAAAACUUUAUUUGCAAGUGCUUCUAAAAAGUGUUAGAAAAUGAGUAACAGGAGUACUCAACAAAGGCAGCUUUUGUAUUACUAUUCCUGGACAUUAUGGUAAUGUUCUGCUUUGCAAUUUCUCCUUAAUAUGCAAAAAAAAAAGUAACUGGGUUAUUGUUGCUGGUAGAUUGCUGAUGUUUGGAUGUAGUAUCGCUCUAUUCACAACAAACUGCUGAGUUUGCAAUAGAAAGUCAUAUUGCAGAAGUUUUCUUCAGAUAAACUAAAGGUUUCAUUGAUUACCCCCACCCCACCCCUGAUAGCUAUGUUGUUGGGUUUUUUGGGUUGUUUUUUUCCCCCCAUACUUGAAACAUGGGCGAAGUUACCAAAGGUUGCUAUUGAUUAUAGCUGUUAUAGCUACAGAAAGAAAGAAAAGCAUUUUAUAAAAUUAUAAAAUAGCUAUGGAGAUGUUAUGCUUCUUUUGUAACAGUAAAACUUAGCUUGCUUCUGGACUAAAUGCAUGUCAUGGAGCAAAAGUAGAAACUUGAGAUUUGUGAUGUAUAUACAUAUGUAUAUGUGUCAGUAUAGUAUACCUUUUAUUAGCCUUUUUUAACUUUUUUUGUAUAAAGUGUACAUAUUCUUUCUCAUUUACAAGAAUAUUUACAGCUGUAGACAGAAAAUGACAAUUUGUCUUUAUAUUGUCUCCAGUUUCUGAUUUUAAGCUUCUCCACAGGUUCACAAUAGGGUCACUUUUGAAAAAAGGUGAAUGCCUUCUGUGACUGUAAUACAUCUUUUCAAAUAAAAGCAUUAAGUAGCACCUCA